AUGAUUAAGAGAUUAUCUAAAGUAAUAAUACCGAUCAUGUCAUCAUCACAAAGAGUAACAGAUGCAAAGCCAGCAUAUUCAACAGAGACCAAGGAGUUUAAGGAUCCAUUCGGAAAGGUAGGUGAUAAGUACGCCACGUUCAGACCAACCUAUCCACAACAGCUGUUCGAUAUCAUCAAUGACAUAACAAAAGAUACUCCACAAGAGUUGGCAAUAGAUGUCGGUUGUGGAAAUGGUCAAGCAACUGUCGAACUUGGAAAGUUGUUCAAAUCGGUGAUUGGUGUUGACCCAUCACUCUCUCAAAUCUCAAAUGCAAAGAAAGCAGACAACAUUCAAUAUAAACAAUCACCUGCUGAGCAUAUUGAUCAGCCAUCCAACACUGCCGAUCUCGUAACAGUUGCACAAGCAGUACAUUGGUUUGAUUUACCAAAGUUCUUUGAAGAAUCAAAGAGAAUAUUGAAACCAAAUGGAUAUCUAAUUAUUUGGUGUUAUGGUACUGCAACUUACCUAAAUGAAGAAGGUCAAAAAGUUCAUCACGAUUUCUAUGAGAAUAUUCUAGGUGAUAAGUAUUGGUUACCAAAUAGAAGAUUUGUAGAUCGUCGUUAUAUCGAUAUCAUACCACCAUUUGAGAAUACAUCAAGAAAAUCUAUUUCAUUCCAGAAAACAUUAUCGAUUGUAAAUAUGAUUGGAUACUAUUCAACAUGGUCAGGCUACAGCAAGUAUUUAACAGAGAACGAAGACUAUCUUCCAACCCUGAAAAAGAGACUCAUGGAUGCAUUCAAAACAGAUGACGAGAACUUUGAGAUCACCAUUGAAUUCCCAAUCGAUAUCGUAAUCUCAAAAAUGAAUUAA